GAAAAACAAAAUUUCCUCUCAUAAACAUACAAAAAGAAAGAAAAGAGAAUAGAGACGAUUAACCACAGAAAAGGACGCACUCGAAUGAUUUCUCUUCACUCGAGAAAUAAUUAGCAGCUGCGGCGGCCUUGUUUCCUGCGCCGCGCUACCGGAACCCUAAAUCUCCGAUUCAGCUGCGGCGGCGCAUUUCAACAAAACCCUAAUCUCACUCAACCCGAGAUUCCAAGUGUGUUUUCGGUGUGGCUUGUUAUAGGAAGAAGUUGGUUCUUGAUCGAAAUGGAAUCUGAGGAUUUUAUUGCUCUUCCGGAUUCUGGUGACUCUAUUGAGGAGGUGAACGACAAACUUAAUAAUGAGAGUGACUCUAAAGAGGUUGAUGCUCAACCUACAAACUCUGAGGAUAAAGAAGAUAAACCAAACAGUGAAGAUCUAGGGCGGGAGACCAUUGCUCAAUGUGAAGAAGGCGAAUGCAUACCAGAAGCAAGCCUUGCAAAUGAAUUGGGUGAUAACGAUUCAGAUAUGGAAAUCGAGGAUAUAAACAACCUCCCUGCUUUGACUAGUUCUGGUCCCAAGGAGGAGGAUGUUGAGAAUGUAAAUAUUGAUUUGCACUCGACAUUGCAUGAGAAUGGUCACCUUGCAGUUCAAGAUACAAGUCCCUUUGGAAUCCACAAUACGGAUGUCACUCUGCAGUGUGCCUUGAGGGGACUGAACUUUAUGUUGCCUUCAGUUUAUGACAUGAUCUUCGUUAAUGUUCUCCAUAAUUCCACAUCAUCAGCUAAAACAGGUGUAAAGAGGGCUCGAACAACAGUUGACGAGCAGCAAGCUUCUGUCCGUGUAACAUAUAAUUCUUUAACAAGAGCUAGUAAACACAAGCUUGAAGAACUAUUACAGCAGUGGUCAGAAUGGCAUGCCAAACAUGUUUCUUCAUCUCAAGAUCCUACUCAAGUGUUAGAAUCAGGUGAAGAGACACUCUUUCCUGCUCUUCGUUUUGGCACAGAGAGGACGUCUGGGGUGUCUUUUUGGAUGGACAACCAAACAGGGACAGCACAAAACAGGGAAUCAAUUCCUUUGGAUAGCAACUAUGCGCCUCUAUAUGAUCGUGGUUAUGCCUUAGGCUUGACUUUGGCUGGUAAUUCAACUAAUCAGGAGGGGGGCUUGGAGAUUAUAGAUGAUGCUAGCCGUUGUUUCAAUUGUGGUUCUUACAAUCAUGCGUUGAAGGAAUGCCCCAAGCCUCGUAACCAUGUUGCUGUCAAUAAUGCCCGCAAACAGCGCAAGAUAAAAAAAAAUCAAACUCCUAAUUCUCGCAACUCAACUCGAUAUUAUCAGAAUUCUCCAGCUGGAAAAUACGAUGGUCUAAGGCCCGGUGCUCUCCAUGCUGACACAAGGAAGCUUAUGGGUCUUGGGGAACUUGAUCCACCUCCUUGGCUUAACAGAAUGCGAGAAAUUGGAUACCCACCAGGAUAUUUAGAUGUAGAUGAUGAGGACCAGCCAUCAGGAAUAAUUAUACACGGUGGUGAGGAAACUAAGUUUGAACAGGAGGAUGGGGAAAUCAUUGAAACAGACCAUCCUGAACCACCUGAACCACAGAGGAAAAUGACAGUCGAAUUUCCAGGAGUAAAUGCACCAAUCCCAGAAAAUGCUGAUGAGAGACUCUGGGCACCCGGCCCUUCAUUUUCAGAUCCCUCAAGGAACCGCUCGCACAACAGGUCAAACCAUUAUUCUGAACCUGUCAGCAGAGGCCAUUAUCGUGAGCAGAGGUGGUCUCGAGAUUAUAGAGAUGAUGGGCCUCCUGGCGUUGACCCAGGUUAUGGGCCAUCUAGUUAUCCUCCGAGAUAUGGGAGUCAUGAUUACAGUUACAACUCCCGCAGUUCGAGUAAUGCUUCAGCGCCUAGAAGCCCUACCUUGGGAAGGUCCCAAACAGACAGAGGCAGAAGAAGCAGUGAGUUUUCUUUUCCAUACUCACCCACCAGGGAUUCCAACCCCAAAUAUGAUUAUUUGAAUGACGAAAGCAAGAAUGACUAUGACCCUGAUAGUUCAAGUCAUAGUUGGGAUAGGGUAGAUAGGCAUCGCCAUCACCGUAGGAGGUAAUGAUAGUGACAUGUAACAAGCAAUAGAUGUUUAUUUGAGGGUAUUUAGAUGAUUGAAUUUGACCAGAGGAAUUUGUACAAAGAUCUAGAUGAGACUAGAUGAGUUUAGAUUGCUUUGUGAUAGUUUGUUGUAUGUUAUUCUCUAAAUGCAAGUACUAUAGUUUUUUAUUUCCA